AUGCGGGAUGCCAACAUCGUCACUAUGUAUAAAGAUGCUGCCGUGCGCUACCUCAUAGAAGCUGGCAACGACGAGGGCACCUUCUCAAUAGAUGGUGAUACAGGGGACGUGAUAGUGGCUGCCGAGCUCGACUACGAGAGGCGAACAAUGUAUGAGCUGCAGCUGGUGGCGGUGUCUGGGAAGGAGAGCUCGAGGGCAGAGCUUCUGGUGACGGUGCUGGACGCCAACGACGAACCGCCAGUGUUCCAGCAGGCCGUGUACCGUGCUGAGCUGCAGGAGGAGGAGGACCCAGCUCACCUGCCCAGGACUAUCCUUACGGUGAGAGCAGUGGACGGUGACGUGGGCCGGCCUCAGGACAUUGUGUACUCCAUCUCAGGCCCCGGCGUCGCUCCAGAAGGCUCUGGGGACGACGACUUCUUCCGUGUUGACCCCAACACUGGAGAAAUUUUCGUGCUAAAGCCUCUGGACCGCGAUCCCCCGGCAGGCCGUCCGCUGUGGCGGUUUACGGCUUUCGCGCAGGACGAGGGCGGUGCCGGGCUCGUGGGCUUCGCCGACGUGCAGGUCACUCUCAGUGACGUCAACGACAACCCACCCGUCUUCACACAGCCGCUCUACCACGGCUACGUCGUCGAAAACGCUCCUGCAGGUACGUUUAUUCUGAACGUCACAGCAGUGGACAAUGAUGACCCAUAUGAAGGAAGCAACGCCAAAUUGAGAUACUCAAUUGAAAAAAAUGCCGUGGAUGAACGAACAGGCUCGCCCAUGUUUGAAAUCGACCCUGACACUGGCGAAAUAAUGACGGUGGUUUGCUGUCUGGACCGAGAGCGUACGCCCAGAUUUACCAUUCAGGUUGUCGCUACAGACGGAGGAGGCCAGGAAGGAACAACAACUGUAUCAAUCACAGUGAAAGAUGUGAAUGACACACCACCAGAAUUUUCUAAACUGGAAUGGUUUGUGGAAGUGGAUGAGACGGAUGGGGAUAAUAUCCCAAGAAAGCCUAUUCUUACUGUAACUGUUCGUGAUCAGGAUGAAUCCAACACGUUUCAGUUUAAGCAUUACCAGAAUGAAGAAUCUGGCCCAAAUCAUGUCUAUAGGCUAAAAGUCGAUCAAGAUAUAGUGCACAUGGCUCAAAAACCCCAAGCUUGGCAGUGGCAGCAGUCUGCACCACUCACCUUGGCAGUUACAGCAAUCUGCACCAUCUCAAGCUUGCCAGCCAUGGCCUAUGUCUACACAGCUGUGAAACUGGGGCAGAAACUGAGGCUGGAACACCGGCAGAUUGAUGGCAUCCAGCAACUGGAGGACCAGCAAGGCACGUCUUGUGCCCAGGACAGUUGGGUGAGUGCCCACUGUGACCCAGAGGUGAUUUUGAUGGUGCCUGACCUUCUGGUCUUCCAUCCAAGGAGUGUAGACAUGGCAGUUGUUCUGAUACAUGUUGCCAGUAACCAGUGGGGGUGCUAA